UUUCAGCUAACGCGUGUUUUUCCAUCGUCAGGGAACUUUGCGCGAACUUAGCCCGAGAGUAAUGAAACGUUAAUUGAAACGAUCCUAUUGUUUCGUUGCACAGACGAUGAUACUCUUGCCGUUGUUAUGGCUUUUGUUGGUGCUGUCCGCGAUGGGUGGAUACGUGCCACCCGGGCCACGGUUCAGGUGUCCAAAGGAAGCCAAAUACGUCUAUCCAUGCGUGUGCGUUCGAGGCAGCGACAGGGGACUUUACGUCCACUGCGAGAACACGAAUCUGGCCAGUUUGAGCUUGGCCUUCUCGAAUCUGGGCAACGAGGGUAUGCCCAUCGAGGAACUCGUUUUGUAUAGAUGUAACAUAGGACGGUUCUACGGGCCGGCACUUUAUCCUUUGGACGUUCGAGUGCUGAGAUUCAUCGACACUCCAUUGAGAUUGAUCGAAGAACACAGCUUUCUGGGUGUCAACAGAACGCUCCAGGAGCUGUACGUGGUGAACAGUACCCUGGAGAAAUUUCCUCGUCAAGCGUUGCAGAUUUUAGGAAACCUGAGCAUCCUCAGCAUCGCCGGACAUCGAAUCUCCACUUUGCCGGUGGAUAGUUUCGCCGAUAGCGCGGCAGCCGCAAAAAUCGAGAAACUGGAGAUUACUAACGGGACUCUUACAUCUCUACCCGUGGAAGCGCUGGCACCUCUGAAGAAACUGAAGAGGUUGGAUCUUCACAAAAAUGAAAUCAAAGAGUUGAAAAGAAAUCAAUUUAAAGGUCUGAGGGAUACGGAAUUUUUGGAUCUCUCUCACAAUUUGAUUAACAAACUAGACGGUUCACAUUUGGCCGAUCUCACGAAAAUGGGCUGGUGCAAUCUGUCUCACAACGCGAUCGCAGAUCUGAAGAGAGGAACGUUCGCGAGAAAUUCUUUGCUGAAAGUGCUCAAUCUGAGCCACAAUAAAAUCAGGAAACUCGACUCGAACACUUUCCGCGGGAUGCGAUUUUUGGUAAGAUUGUACCUGAGUGACAAUCAGAUCAACGAUGUGGGUAGAGGAACUUUCGGACCGAUCACUAGGAUAGGCACCAUAGACCUGGCCAGGAAUUUCAUCAAGAAGAUCGAUUUCCAGAUGUUCAAUCAACUCCAGUUCGUAGAGGUACUGGACGUUUCUGAGAACUUUGUCACGGUCAUAGAGAAAUUGUCUUUCAAGGAUCUCUAUCUGACGAAAAUCAACCUGUCGCAUAAUGAGAUUUCGAAGAUAGAGCCGGGAGCGUUUGAGAACUGCGUAAACAUGACGAUGCUGGAUUUGAGUUACAAUAAACUGGAGAACAUUUCCAGGUAUUCGUUCGACAGCUCGACCUACGCCACGGAAUUGCAAUUGAGUUACAAUCAAUUCACCGCGCUGAACCAGGUGCCGUUGCACAACAUGACCGGUCUGAAAGUUCUGAACGUGUCGCACAAUUUGAUACAGUCGGUGCCUCGUCAGACGUUCCCGAAACUCUACGAGCUCCACACGAUCGAUCUGUCGCAUAACAACUUGUCCGAAAUACAUAAUGCGAUCUUUCAGACUCUGUUCAGCCUUCGAUUUCUGAAUUUGUCCUACAAUUCUCUGGAAAAGAUCAAACCGUCCACGUUUGGCCCGUUACCGACAUUACUGGAUCUGGACAUGAGUUAUAAUAAAUUGAACGACGUCGCUCGCGGUAGUUUGACCAGGUUACCGAGUUGCAGGACUCUGACGGUGAGGAACAAUCGACUGACAAAGAUCUUUCAGCUACCGAUUUCCUUGGGUUCGUUGGACUUUUCUGAAAAUCUGCUGGAGGAGAUACCCACGAUGGACGUGUGGCCGUCGAUGAACGCUCUGCUUUAUUUGGACCUAGCUGGAAAUCGACUGGGGGAUAAUCUUAAGCAAGGAAGCUUUGAAAACCUGUUAACCUUGAGGAGUUUGAACCUGCGCUCGAACAACAUGACCAGGCCACCUUGGGAGGCACUUAGCACCCUGACCAGCUUGCAGUAUCUUUACAUGCAGGACAAUCAGCUGACGGAACUGAGUAAGGCAGCGUUUGGACGUCUUCCAAUCGUGUUCGAAUUGAAUCUGGCAAAUAAUAAGAUACGAAACGUGACCACACGAGCAUUCGAAGGGUUGUUGCAGUUGUUGACACUGAAUCUGACAGACAACGAACUAAGUUACAUUCCAAAUGGAGCGUUCCAAGGUCUCGUCUCCCUUAGGACACUAGAUCUUUCUCAUAACAAGCUGGAGAAGCUGGAUAAUAAAACUCAUGGACUUUUGGACGAUUGUCUAUCUCUGGAGAGGGUCAAUCUAAGUCACAAUAGUAUCUCUUUCGUCACUAGAAAAACUUUCCCAAAUGAUCCAUGGAUUCCUUAUAGAUUGAAAGAGAUCGAUCUGUCUUAUAACACAAUGCCUGUGCUCAAUUUUGAACUCACUGUUGGAGCAAAGAAGGUUCAGUAUUUGAACGUCAGUCACAAUAAUCUCAAUGAAAUUCGAAGAUAUGUGAUUGGGAAUUUGACGGCUAUGGAAACGUUGGAUCUAUCCUACAACGAUAUCAACGAUCUCUCCGAACCGGAUAUCUUCGAACUACCUACGAAUCUGACUAAUCUCUAUCUGAGUCACAACCAAUUGACUUACGUUCCCUUGAACAAAAUCCUGCCGUUGACGAAAUUGAAGGUCCUCGAUUUGGAAUCGAACGCAAUCGGUGUUUUCAAUGACGCCUUUAUGAAAAUCAUAAAAAACGGCACGAUACUUCGAUAUUCCGGAAAUCAAUUACAGUGUGAUUGUUACGUGAGGCCUCUGAAGAGGUGGCUCAGCACCCACACGGAAAUUCCAGAGGAAUGGUCGAACGUCACCUGUGAUUCACCGAAUUACCUUGCAAAGAAACGGAUAGUCGAAGUGACGGAAGAUUUGAUGGGCUGCGGGGAGAGGGAUGUGAAAGAGUAUCCGGAAUUCGACAUUACUCCAGACGUGAAGUAUCGAGACAUCGAGUACAACGAAGAGGAGAAGAGCUGGAAGGCAACGUGGUACGUGACAUCGAGAGAAGACAUCGGUGAUUUCUACGUGGUGGUGCGGGAAUCUGGGAGCAGCAAGUCCGCUAUCGAGAAGGAUCUCGUCUACAGCGAGAGGUCUUUUAAAAUUCAGGACCUGCAGGAUUCCGGGAGCAAGUACGAGCUGUGCGUACUCGCGAGGGACUCCGAGGGGAACGUGAAACACUUUCGUAAUUCGCAGUGUCAGAUUUUAACGCAGCACGUGGCCGACUCGUCGGCGAGGUUCGCGGUGAACGCGUUCCUGAUCCUAAUCGCAAUGUCCUUUGGCAUUCUAGCGUGACGGGAGAAGAAAAGAGCGUCGCGACGUCGUAACGAAUAUUUAUCAUGAUUCUUGCCCGUGUUCCACGACUAACGAUGUAAAUAAGAAUAAUGUAAUCGACGUCACGAGGUGGAUCGUGGUUGUAAAUAGGUUGCGUUUCAUAGCAGUGCGUGUCGCAAGGGCGUUGAUCGUCGUGUAUUUAUUUUUGUAAAAUAUACAUUGAACGGUUCCAUUA